UGUAAGUAAAAGAAGCUGUCAAAUGGUGAAUAGCAAAGCAGGAGCGGUAGUGUGAAUAUUUUUUAAUAAAUAUGUCUUUUUACUUGCUAUUCUACAAUCAUAGGUAAUCACCACACCUAGCCUCGGGCCUGAGCACAUUCGCAGACGGGAGCGAACAUCGUCACCGCACAAAGAUGAAUCCGAAAGACAAGGACACGAAAAUACUUCAAGACAUGUUGAAAGUAUUCUUCAAAAAGGGAGGAACGGCGCCGCUGCCGGCGCGCAGCGAGCUGGUGGUGUCGGCGGAGCUGGAGCGCGAGCUGGGCGCGGAGGCGCCGCUGCACCGCCGGCUGCGCGCCAUGAAGGAGCUCGGCGAGAAGGCGCUCGUCAUCCGCAUCUCGGAGGGUUCAGUGAAAAAGCUGUGGUCCUGCACCAGAGACCUCCUGGAUGACCCGAACGCAGAGAACAGGCACGCAGCGCUGGCGUUCCUGCGCUGCCUGGCGGAGGGGCAGGCGGACGAGCUGCUGAUCAUGCGCACCAUCCUGUUCCACUACCUGCGCGACACGCACGCCGCGCACGCGCCCGAGGACGCGCCGCUGCGCUUCAAGCUGCUGCACACGCUCACAAACACGGGAAAAAAUAUCAAAUGCUUUGAAGAACUGAUAGGAGCAUUCCUCUUGGAAUGGCUGCCACAGAUCCAGAAUCCGACACAAAUUGUAGAGUUCCUCCAGCUCAUAAUCAACGUGGUCAAGUUUAAUGCCACAUACCUUGAUGAAGAAAUUGUACAUGGAAUUGUCAACAACGCGUGCUACCUGUGCUCGUACUCGGCGGAGGCGAGCGUGGUGCUGUGCGGGCUGUCGCUGCUGGAGGCGGUGGUGUCGUACUCGCUGCUGCCGCGCGCCGCGCUGGCCGCCUUCGUGGCCGCGCUCUGCCGCACCGUCAACCUCGAGCACUACUGCCAGAGCAGCUGGAAGCUAAUGCGCAGCGUUCUUGGAGCCGACAUCGGGCACGCCACGCUGCAGGAGCUGGUGGAAGUCCUGAACAACGCGGGCGAGGCGGGGGGAGGGGCGGGCGGCGGCGGGGGCGGCGGGGACGCGGGUCUGGUGCGCGGCGCCGUGUUCUACAUCAGCAUGGCGCUGUGGGGCCCGCGCCGCGUGCACGCGCUGCACGUCUCCUACCUGGCCGUGCUGCCCGCCUUCCUCAAGGCGCUAGAGAUCCAACAGCCCGUAGUGACGUACGAGGUGCUGCUCGCCAUCCAGAGCCUCGUGACGCGCGCGCCGCAGGAGCUGCACGAGCCCGCCUGGGACUCCGUGCUGCACAUCAUCCGGCGCGUGCUGGAGCAGGACAAAAUGUUCGAGCCGCCCAACGAGCUGAUCCACACGUGCGCGCACGCGCUGCUGACGGCGCUGGAGCAGCUGCAGGACGGCGGCCACUACUGCGGCGACCACGACGCGCUGCUGGACCUCGUCGACUACUGCGGGCACGACCGCCCGGAGGCGUCGGCGAUGCGGAUGAUCACGGCGCGCGCGGCGGCGCUGAGCGCGGUGGGCCCGGCGGGCGCGGCCGCGGCGCUGGCGCUGGCCGAGCGCUACCUGCGCCGCGAGCCGCGCNGUCGUAUUAUAAAGCUGAAGAGUUUAAGUUUUACUUNGGCGCUGGCCGAGCGCUACCUGCGCCGCGAGCCGCGCACCGCGCUGCGCCUGCACACGCUCGCCGCGCUGCUCGCCUUCGUCAAGCGCGACAGGUACGAUCACGGCGCGGCGCUGGCGCUGGCCGAGCGCUACCUGCGCCGCGAGCCGCGCACCGCGCUGCGCCUGCACACGCUCGCCGCGCUGCUCGCCUUCGUCAAGCGCGACAGGUACGAUCACGGCGCGGCGCUGGCGCUGGCCGAGCGCUACCUGCGCCGCGAGCCGCGCACCGCGCUGCGCCUGCACACGCUCGCCGCGCUGCUCGCCUUCGUCAAGCGCGACAGGCUGGUGUACGGCUCGGAGCUGGUGGAGCGCGUGGGCGUGCCGGUGCUGAGCACGUGCGCGCAGGACGCGGAGCCGGCCGUCCGCGCGAGCGCCGCGCGCGCGCUGGCCGACCUGGCGCGCCUCUCGCCGGCCGACUGCACCGACCUCAUCGACCUGCUGGAGCGCAUCCUCAACCGGCCGUUCACGGUGUACGAGGGGAGCGCGGGGCUGGCGGCGGGCGCGGAGACGAGCGACUGCGCGCUGGCGGCGGCGGGGCUGCUGCGGCUGCUGCACGACAAGCUGCCGGCCGCGCCCGCGCCCGCCGCGCGCGCGCUGCUCGUGCUGCUCGACCACCUCGACCAGCACUACAAGCGCCCCGCCGUCUUCCAGCACCACCCCGAGAUCCGCCUCAAGAUUCUCGAAAUGGUGUUCGGACUGCGAGCGAACGCGUUCAACUGCGUAGGCUUCUGCUACGACGCGGCCGGCAACCCGGUGCACGGCGCCGCGGCCGCGCGCGUCCGGCCGCUGUGCUCGCCGCUGCUGCAGUGCGAGCCGCUGUGCACGCGCGCCAUGGCGCCGCCGCAGCGCGACCUGCCGCCCGGCGCAUGCGCCGUGGGCGCGGGCCGUGCCGCGCGCGCGCUGACGUCAGCCCUGACGCGCGAGUGCGAGUGGUUCGUGCUGGGCGCCGUGCUGCGCGCGCUGCCGCACCUGCUGCACGCGCGCGCGCUGGCGCUGGGCCGCCGCGCGCACGACCUCGACCUGCUCGCCGCCACGCUCUGCGCCAUGGUGUCAGACCGCAGCCUGUACUUCCCGGAGUGCGUGCGCACGGGCGGCGCGGGCGGCGGCAAGCUGCUGCUGUCCGAGUUCCACUGCGCGACGCUGCCGGCGCUGGCCGCGCUGGCGCCCUACCACACCUGCCUCGAGCCGCAGACGCAGCAGCGCAUCGUGCGCUGCCUGCUCAAAUAUGGAAUGGGUGAGCCGCACACUUGUAUGCCGGCGCUGGCCGCGCUGGCGCCCUACCACACCUGCCUCGAGCCGCAGACGCAGCAGCGCAUCGUGCGCUGCCUGCUCAAAUAUGGAAUGGGUGAGCCGCACACUUGUAUGCCGGCGCUGGCCGCGCUGGCGCCCUACCACACCUGCCUCGAGCCGCAGACGCAGCAGCGCAUCGUGCGCUGCCUGCUCAAAUAUGGAAUGGGUGAGCCGCACACUUGUAUGCCGGCGCUGGCCGCGCUGGCGCCCUACCACACCUGCCUCGAGCCGCAGACGCAGCAGCGCAUCGUGCGCUGCCUGCUCAAAUAUGGAAUGGGUGAGCCGCACACUUGUAUGCCGGCGCUGGCCGCGCUGGCGCCCUACCACACCUGCCUCGAGCCGCAGACGCAGCAGCGCAUCGUGCGCUGCCUGCUCAAAUAUGGAAUGGGUGAGCCGCACACUUGUAUGCCGGCGCUGGCCGCGCUGGCGCCCUACCACACCUGCCUCGAGCCGCAGACGCAGCAGCGCAUCGUGCGCUGCCUGCUCAAAUAUGGAAUGGGUGAGCCGCACACUUGUAUGCCGGCGCUGGCCGCGCUGGCGCCCUACCACACCUGCCUCGAGCCGCAGACGCAGCAGCGCAUCGUGCGCUGCCUGCUCAAAUAUGGAAUGGGUGAGCCGCACACUUGUAUGCCGGCGCUGGCCGCGCUGGCGCCCUACCACACCUGCCUCGAGCCGCAGACGCAGCAGCGCAUCGUGCGCUGCCUGCUCAAAUAUGGAAUGGGUGAGCCGCACACUUGUAUGCCGGCGCUGGCCGCGCUGGCGCCCUACCACACCUGCCUCGAGCCGCAGACGCAGCAGCGCAUCGUGCGCUGCCUGCUCAAAUAUGGAAUGGGUGAGCCGCACACUUGUAUGCCGGCGCUGGCCGCGCUGGCGCCCUACCACACCUGCCUCGAGCCGCAGACGCAGCAGCGCAUCGUGCGCUGCCUGCUCAAAUAUGGAAUGGGUGAGCCGCACACUUGUAUGCCGGCGCUGGCCGCGCUGGCGCCCUACCACACCUGCCUCGAGCCGCAGACGCAGCAGCGCAUCGUGCGCUGCCUGCUCAAAUAUGGAAUGGGUGAGCCGCACACUUGUAUGCCGGCGCUGGCCGCGCUGGCGCCCUACCACACCUGCCUCGAGCCGCAGACGCAGCAGCGCAUCGUGCGCUGCCUGCUCAAAUAUGGAAUGGGUGAGCCGCACACUUGUAUGCCGGCGCUGGCCGCGCUGGCGCCCUACCACACCUGCCUCGAGCCGCAGACGCAGCAGCGCAUCGUGCGCUGCCUGCUCAAAUAUGGAAUGGGUGAGCCGCACACUUGUAUGCCGGCGCUGGCCGCGCUGGCGCCCUACCACACCUGCCUCGAGCCGCAGACGCAGCAGCGCAUCGUGCGCUGCCUGCUCAAAUAUGGAAUGGGUGAGCCGCACACUUGUAUGCCGGCGCUGGCCGCGCUGGCGCCCUACCACACCUGCCUCGAGCCGCAGACGCAGCAGCGCAUCGUGCGCUGCCUGCUCAAAUAUGGAAUGGUGCUGCGCACACCACAGCCCUACAUCAACGCGCUGACGAUCUUCACGCUGGAGAUGCGCGAGACGAUGGUGAAGAUGCUGCCCGAGGUGCUGCUGGACCUGUCCAAGAUCUCCGACACCAAGACCAUCGCCAGCCCCAUGCUGGAGUUCCUUUCCACGCUGACGCGGCUGCCGCGCGUGUUCGCGUCGUUCGUGGAGGACCAGUACAUGUCGGUGUUCGCGAUCCUGCUGCCCUACACCAACCCCUCGCGCUACAACCACUACGUGGUGUCGCUGGCGCACCACGUCAUCGCCGCCUGGUUCCUCAAGUGCCGCCUCUCCUACCGCCGCAACUUCGUGCGGUUCAUCGUCCACGUGAGUCCCACGCCCACCAGCUCAGGCUGCCGCCUCUCCUACCGCCGCAACUUCGUGCGGUUCAUCGUCCACGUGAGUCCCACGCCCACCAGCUCAGGCGCACCACGUCAUCGCCGCCUGGUUCCUCAAGUGCCGCCUCUCCUACCGCCGCAACGAGUGCGGUUCAUCGUCCACGGCCUACACAACUACAUCAUAAUGCCGUUCGAGGAGCAGUUGCAGUACAAGUCAAACAAUUUCCAACAGAACGCAAACGAGGACUCUUCUAAUCGACAGAGGAGUUCCAGUUUGGGUUCCAAGGCAGUAUCGCGCGUACCGAUGGGCGGGCGCGGCGGGAGCGCCUCGGCCGCCUUCCACGUCGAGCUCACCGAGACCUGCGUGGACCUCCUCGCGCGCUACACGUCCUCCCCUUGCAGCGUCAAGCCGCAGAGCGCGUCGGCCGCCUUCCACGUCGAGCUCACCGAGACCUGCGUGGACCUCCUCGCGCGCUACACGUCCUCCCCUUGCAGCGUCAAGCCGCAGAGGAGUGACCUAGCGGAGUUCCUGUUCACGGGCGGCCAGUCCAUGACGUGGCUGGUGGGCCACAAGCUCAUCACCAUCACCACGUCGGGCUGCCUGCAGAACUCCAUCAAGCAGGGGCUGUGUGACAGAUGUGCAGUACUAUGCAAACAACAUUCAGAAAGCGUCGCGGCUGCGACAGAACAGCAAGACCAAUCUCAGACACAACAGAACGCGCACGCUGCCGCGGUGCAGGUGCAAGUCAGCGACAGCGCCGGCGACAGCAACGGCGCCCUGCAGCCCGAAGUCAAACGCUACAGCAAGCACUCGCUGCAGCACUCGCGCUCCACCGAGACUUCCAGCUCGUCGCUGUCCAUCUCCGAGCCGCUGCAGCCGCCCUCCAGCGGACACACCACCAGACAAAACUCUUCGGAGAACAACAAGACGAUGGACCACGUGGCGGACGUGCUCAACCAGUUCACGCAGCGGUUCGAAAGAAUAUCCAAAGAAGUUGACACGGAGGACCCGAACUGGUCGCGCGUGGGCGGCGUGGCAAGCACGGCGUGCCCGUGCUGGUGCGCCAACUGGGCCGAGGUGCACGUGCGCGCGCCCACCGGGGACCUCUCCUUCGUGCUGCGCGUGCAGAACCAGCUGAACUGGGACCACAUGCUGGAGUGGCCGCUAGAAGAAGUGGCGGCGUUACUUUCACCCGAGCCGCCGCCGCCCUCGUCGGCUUCCAGCGGAAUCGGAGACUCGCGCCUCGACCAUGGCUCGGAGAGCGACCUGCGCUCGCGCAGCGGCUCGGCGUCGUCGCACUCGCGCCCGCACGCCAGCCCGCACCCCGACCUGCACAAGUCCAGCUCGGACUCGGUGGUGGCGAGCGAGAAGAAGCCGCCGCACGCCGCCUCGCACUGCAUCGUGCCGCCGCAGCCGCAGCCGCCGCAGCCGCUCAGGAUGAGCACGCAGCCCAUCAACAUCCCGGGCUCGCCGCAGCGCCAGUCGUCGUCCAGCACCACCGACGACGACGACAUGCUGCUCAUCAUCCCCGAGGGCAAGUCGCGGCACCCGGUGCGGCGCUCCAACUCGUCGCCCGAGAUGUCGUCGUCGUGGAAGGCGGGCGAGCGCGCGCCCGAGCCCGACGACAUGAUCCUGCUGCCCAGCGAGCCCGCGAGCACGGCGGUGUCGCUGCACGCGUGCAAGAAGGCGGCCAAGAAGAGCGACAUGCGCGUCUCCUGCGAGGCCAUCCCCGAGGAGAUGUCGGGCACCUCGCCGCUCGCGCCCGCCGCGCACCCGCUGCUGCUCACGUACAACUCCGACCCUGGCACAGUGGACGCACAACCGGACAGCAACAGUACGACGAAAGGCAUCACACAUUCUAACGCACACCAUCAGUUACAAAAGACGGCAAGUGACAGCACAGUGACGACAAGCACGUCCUCGCUGAAGCCGCCGGCUGCCCCGCGCGGCCCCGGGCCCAGCGGCUCCGGCGGGCCCGGGCCCAGCAGCUCCGGCGGGCCCGGACCCAGCGCUGGGCCCGCGGGCCACAGCGCCGACCUGCCGCCGCUGGCGCGCUCCAAGCGCUCGCACACCAUCUCCGUCAUGAGUCCUACCAGGAGGCACCGGGAAAACCCCGUGUCGCGUCCCG